AUGCUGCUGCUUAUCGACAACUACGACAGCUUCACCUACAACCUCUACCAGUACCUGUGCGAACUGGGCGCCGAGGUUGAGGUGGUGCGCAACGACAAGACCACCAUCGAGGACAUCGAGGCCAUGCGGCCCGAGGGCAUCGUCGUAUCCCCCGGCCCUUGCACGCCCCGGGAGGCCGGGAUCUCCAACGACGUCAUCCGGCACUUCGGCCCCAUGCUGCCCGUGCUGGGCGUCUGUCUCGGGCACCAGUGCAUCGGCGACGCCUAUGGCGCCACCGUGGACCGGGCCGGUGAGAUCCGCCACGGCAAGACCUCAAUGAUCCACCACGAUGGCAAAGGGGUUUUUGCCGGCCUGCCCAACCCGUUCGAGGGCAUCCGCUACCACAGCCUGGUCAUCUACCCCGACACCCUGCCGGAGUUCCUAGAAGUCACGGCCUGGACGGACAACGGCCUCAUCAUGGGCGUGCGCCACAAGGAGCUGCCCGUGGAGGGCGUUCAGUUCCACCCCGAGUCGAUCAUGACCACGGUGGGACACGACCUGCUGCGCAACUACCUGCAGCAGGUGGAGGAAUUCCACCGGUCCGGCUGA